UUCACAAUGACACUAACAACAAUCCUCACCCUAACCAUCUCCCUCUCAACCGCCGCCGCCGCCGCCAUGAGCCAAGACAUCGCCGCCGCCACCCAAGAAAUGCAAAAGGCCAACUACUUCACAUUCGUGAUGCUCCUCCACAUGGCGCCGCCGGAAGCCUUCCGCGGCGGCAACGUCACCUUCCUAAUGCCCAACGACAAAACCCUCGCCGCCGCCGGAGCCGCCGUCGGCGGCGGCGGCGGCGCCGUGCUGGACUUCCUCCUCCGGCAGUCCAUCCCCUCGGCCCUCCUCUUCGACCACCUCGAGCGCUUCCCGACGGGGACCAUGAUCCCGGCCUCGAAGCCCGGGUUCAUGUACAGGGUCAGUAACGGCGGGAGACGCCGUUACUUCCUCGGCAAUGUUAGGGUCACGAGCCCUAACAUAUGCACGAGGGGAUACUCCGUUAGGUGUCACGGCGUCGACGGAGUGGCGGAGCCGGUGAUGGUUCCGCGGCCGGAUAUACCACGUCCGGCGCCUACUUGCGGCGGCGAUGUGGCAGCGCCGGCGCCGGAAGUGCAAGUUAGUAGGCAGAAAUCUUCGAGUAGGGGUGAGGUUAUUGAUUUGGGAGUGAUAAUGAUAUGUAUGGUUAAUUUGUUUUUGUAAUUGAAUGGGAAAAUGGCAUGUUUAUUAAAUUAAUCAACUGUUUUUAA